GCGCAGGGAGGCGUGCACGCGCCAGUCUAUGGCACGCGCAUGUAUGUAAACUAGCGGCCUGUUUCAGUUGGUGGUGACCGACGUAUGUGUUUUUCUGUCACGAAAAAUCAGAUUAUACAUACUGUAAACAUAAACAGCAGCCCUGCCCCGACGCGGCCCAACCCCAAGCGGCGCCGUCAUGUGGCAGGAGGCCCGCAAACAUGAGCGGAAACUGCGCGGGAUGAUGGUGGACUACAAGCGGCGUGGGGAGAGACGCAGAGAGUACUAUGAGAAAAUCAAAAAGGAUCCAGCCCAGUUCCUGCAGGUUCAUGGUCGAGCGUACAAAAUCCACCUGGAUUCAGCUGUAGCCCUGGCAGCUGAGAGUCCCAUCAACAUGAUGCCUUGGCAAGGAGAUACCAACAACAUGAUUGAUAGAUUUGAUGUCAGGGCACACCUGGACUACAUCCCCACCUAUACACCUAUACCUCUCCUGAACACUACCACCCCAGAGCAGGAAUCAGAAGAGAGGAAGUGCAAUUAUGAACGCUAUAGAGGUCUGGUGCAGAAUGACUUUGCGACCAUCUCUGAAGAGCAGUGUUUGUACCAGAUCUAUGUGGAUGAACUCUACGGUGGCCUACAGAAACCAAAUGAGGAUGAAAAGAAAAAACUUUCUGAGAAGAAAGCUCAGAUCGGUUAUACAUAUGAGGACAGCACAGUGACUGAACCAGAUGAAGAGACAGAGAAGGGAAACGAGGAGGACUCAGAAAACAGCGAUUCUGAGGAAGACGAAGUCAUCCCUGAUAUUGAUGUUGAGGUGGAUGUAGAUGAACUGAACCCAGAGCAGGUGACGGAGAUUAACAAGAUGGGCACCACUUACGGCAUGGCAGAGGGGGACUUUGUUUGGAUGUUGAGGAAGGACAAGGAGGAAGUGGAGGCCAUUAAGCAUGCUAAAGCACUGGAAGCAGAGAAGGCCAUGUACUCUGGCCGGCGGUCUCGCAGACAGCGAAGAGAGUUUAGAGAGAAGUAUAUGAAAGGCCGGCAGAUCAGCCCACCAAGCUAUGCCAGAAGAGACAGUCCUACAUACGACCCCUACAAACGGCCAGAGUCAGACUCAAGUUCAGAGUCACGCUCUCGUUCCCGAACCCCAGGCAAUGACAAGAUCACCUUCAUCACCAGCUUCGGGGGCAGUGAGGAUGAGGGAGCCACAGCUGCACAACCUCCACCUGCAGCGGCGUCAAGCCAAACCUCCUCCAACACUGCAGGUCAUAGCAGGGGCUCCCGCCGAAGACGGUCUUCCUCCAGUCACUCAUCCUCUUCCUCCCGCUCCUCUUCGCACCGGUCCUCGCGCUCAUCCUCACGUUCCCGUCGGAGUCGUCGUUCUCGCGGGGGCCGGGACCGGGACAGCCGUUACUCCAGGUCUCGCUCUCGCUCUCGACGGCGGUCUGACUCUCGUUCACGGCAGCGCAGUGGAGGAGUCGGGUCGAGGAGACGAUACGACAGGACGAGGUCUCGUUCCACGGAUCGAGGUAGAGACAGAAACCGAGACAGAGACAGAGACCGGGAUAGGGGGAGGCGCUACACGGGCCGCAGACGAACCAGGUCUCGCUCGCGUUCACGUUCGGGUGAUCGUUACCAGCGUCGGAGUCGCAGCUCUGCGUACAGGAGGGGUGGCAGCGUCAGUCAAAGCCCCUCACACUCGCCUGCUAUCAGCCACAGCCCCUCCCCCUCCUCCCAUUCUGCUACGCCUGCUUCUGCAGACAAGCUGAGAAAGCCUGAAACUCCGGGUGGUAAAGAGACUGGAGCUGCCAAACCCAAGAUGACCCCUCAAGAGAAGCUCAAAAUCCGAAUGCAGAAGGCCCUAAACAAACAAUCCAAGGCGGAUAAGAAGGCGGCGCAAGCCAAGAUCCAGCAACAAGAAAACAAGCGUCAGGAACGAGAAGGAGUUCUUCGCGCAAUGGCACGGAAAAUACGCAUGAAGGAGCGGGAGCGGCGGGAAAAAGAAAGGGAUGAAUGGGAGAGGCAGUAUGGACGUCAGAGUCACUCGCCCUCUCCCAACGCUAAACACGGUCGAGACUAUGGCUCAUCUAGAAGGAGAUCACGCUCAAGAUCACGGAGUCCGCAUUACCGGUACUGAAGAAUCGGCUGAUAAAACACAAGACAUUUUAGGAGUCCAUGGUGACCAGAUCGCAUGAGUUUA